AUGGGUGUUGAUAUCCAGAUUGAGGAGCAAAUCCUCGCACAAGUUAUCGCAGGAGCCGUACAAUCCAGGCUUGUGUCGACCUGCAUAGCUCCCUUCCCGCCGUACUAUGUCGACCAUAUCAAUGUCUCCGCAACUACUCCUCCUACUAUAACCUACGGUGACAAUUUGGCGUUGAUCCACGUCACUAUCGAUGUUUUUGUCGUCCCGAGGGACGCGUUAGACUCGAAUGUGAAUGGAACACCUCCGGAAGCUCUCGUGCCGUUGGGCCAAAUACGAAUCAUCCUACAGCUCACAUCUGAUGGUACAAGUCUGCUAUUCAGUUACGAUGACAGCGACCCGGAUCCCGAAUUCGGGAUCUUCGCUCAGCCAAUUCGGGAUGCACUUAGACAGGCCGUGGGAGACACCACCGCCGACCUCUCUCCCCUCUUCUCGCAGCUCGGCAUUGAUACUCCGAAAACGCACGGCCUACAGCAGAUGGGAGACAGUCUACUUCUGAGAUUCGAUCCAGACCCAGACACUGCGGCUGUUGAUCACUUGCAGCUAAGCCAGAGCUGGUGCAUCUUCUUGGACGCGCCAACGAUGCUGACGCUCACUGCAAAGAAGCUUGCCGGUCUUUACAACACCAUGAAGACAAACGGUAUAGGAGCUACUCAACCAUACGAAGGUUGGGCGCCUAAAAACAACCUGCCGCACGUAGAUGUCAAAAUUGGCAUCGCGAUACCCGUGGGCAUGGGAUACGCCAUCACUGCAGCCUUUGUCAUCACGGUCGACUUUUCCUUCGCCUCGGAUGUUCUUCCCCGAAAGGACGGCUCUGUCACUUUGCAGGAGCUUGUGAACUGGGACCUGAGAGACGUCAAUGCGAAUGAUCUGCCCAUUGCACUUCCGCUGCCGUACGACAUCUUUGCGCGACAGAAGCUCAUUGCCGCGUUUGACCCUACAACGUUCGGAGGCAUGCCCGUUGGGCCGACGGAGUUUAUGCUACAGCAGGCUUUGACACCUCUCGGGCUUGCUUCUUCCGUCUUCGCUUACAAGACCAUUACUGCGGACCAGAACGGCAUGAUUGUGGGCGGAGUUGUGGACGACAUUCCUGGCACUCUCACCUCUAUCCUCGCCAUCACUUUAGAGCCAUUCCCGGAGACUCGUUUCACGAAAUACAUAUGGUGCAGCAGUACGGAUUCUGAUCAAUCACAUGCGCCAACCGGAUAUUCCGCCAGAGCAACCGUGUAUUUGUCGGAUGAAGGAGAGAUAUGUAGUACGGAAGUACUCACUCCAGAAUCUGCAAAGGACCAGGUCAACCCGCUUUUGGACUCCUCAUCUGGGGCUGUCAUCCUUACUCUACCCCCUACGAUAUCAUCAAUAGUGAACAGUCUCGGCCAAGGAGUGACGCUCCUCAUUCGCACCACGCGCGGCGUCCGCAUCGUCAAUCUCGGCCUACCACCAGCAGCACAAUAUGACCUUUUAGGGAACCUCACGAAUGGAGACACCAGGAUAAUGAACGACUGCGUCGGUCCCAUAAAUGUCGAUCCCUGGGUCUUGCACUUUGGCACGUUCAAUCCGGCUUGGGGCCCAGAUCCGGUCCCGAUCUGGGUCGACAACAUAGACAAAGUGGCGGCUUUUCAGAGCUCGAUGAUUACUCUGGCCGACGUCCAGGCUGGAGACGUCGUGACGUUGCAUCAGCCUCUAGAAGGCGCCGUCUCAGUCGUUGCCCCUACAGUCAGUGGCCAGGUAAUUGUUCCCGCUGUCUUUCCCGUUCGAUCUCGUGACGAAGGCGCUACGCUGCAAAAGAUCAGCCGUGGGGCACUUGGCUCUGUAGCCGUUACCAGCAGACUCUUUCAAAGAGUAGCCGUGCUCGAGAAGCCUGGUUCUAUCUCUCAUCGACUACUUGGAACCGCUCUGGGGGCCAAAAUUAUCACUACGUUCAAAGAUCGAGUUGAAACCACCUCUAUUGAUACGCUGGGUAUGAUCCACACGCACUCAGAAUCGAGAAAAAAAUUCCAGGAAGAUAAUUCCCUCCCGUCUCAUGCUGCGAAUGAUCAUCUUCAGCAAAAAGUUGUUUCGACUUCCGCUACGACCUCAACAACCAGCCGGUUCCACAACAUUGACAUUCCUGGCCUCGUCGCUGUGCACUCUGUUCCAGGGUUCGAGAAUUCCUCAACCUCAGUGGCCGAGCUGGACGAUGGGACAUAUCGUGCCCUCCUGACCGACGGCACCGGCAAUACAAGAGUGAUAGGUAGCAUUCCGCGCUGGCCUCGCUUGCCGCCCGUGUCUGGCGGCUGGGCGAUCAGCUCUACAGCGGGGGAUCGGGUUUCUGUGUUUAGGGUGACAGAGCUGGCGACGAAGACCGAGAGGGAGGGGAAGAGCUGCUGCAAGAAGUGUGCGACUGCGGUGGGUUGGGCUGGGGUUGCACUAAGGUUGGAGUGCUAGACUGAGACACGGA